AGUUCAGACCACAGCAUCUUAAUUGUAUUAGUAAUAAUACCCGUCCUCAGUCUCUUUCGCACUUGAGGGGUGACGAACUCGUGUAGCGUUAUACCAAUCGAUCGUUUGUUCUGUCAACUGCAGGCGCUUCAUGGGCUCAUUGUGCUCCAAGGCCAGUGCACAUUCCGGGGGACAUCAGGUGUUGGGAAGCACUGCUACCCAGUCAAAUGAUGGCACCACCGCGACACUGCCUUCUGAUCCUCGCGCCGCAGCUGCAGAGGCCGCUGAGAGAAGGUUGAAAACGGCACAUGCACGAGGAACUAAUGCCUCGAAUCCGAAUCGGGGACGACUUUCCGAGCAGGUCGUGACUGCGAAAGCGGCGAAACUAGUACCUACACCAAGAGAUGAAGAACGCUUAGUGUGGGAUUGAAUAAUACUUUGUGCGUGUGUAUCGCCUCACCGCCAGUACAACAUGCGGGUCGUUCUUCGCUCCGGACUUCUUAUUCUGACCUUCAGGUUUUCUCGUGCUGUUUAAUACAUGAUCCUGAUCGCCGAUCCCUCCCAUAAUUUUCAAUUUACCUCGGACCCGCUCAAUCAUGAAAUGAUCCCUCAAGGCUUCAUGGGCAUGUUUCUUCUUGUACUUCAUGUCCCGUUGUUAUCUUACACGUCGUCAAACUCAGCGGGCCGUCGGUGGAACAGCAUGAUGUUCGGACACGUUGUUUUCAUAUGUCAUCUCUUCUGUUCCCAUGAUCGAGGAAAGUGACGCCGUCUUGUUUCGUCUUGUCCAUGUACUCCCUGAGAUCUUAGAUACGAAUGGGUAAAUGAUGAUUGCUGGAGGA